UCACCACUCAAAUUUAAGCUAAAAGCGGAGAUAAUUAAAUUUUUGUGAAGAACUUUAGUAAGAGAUCAGAUUCAGAGCCAUGAACAGUAUUAGACAAUGUUUUUAGUGUUGAGUGAAUGCGUCAGUGUUUAAGUUGGGUAAGAUCGCCAUCUAGUGGAUAAUAGCGGAAAUAUGAAUUUGAGGUAGCAACUCCUCAGAGAACUUUUUCUCUUUAUUGACGAGAUGACUCAACAAUAUUUAUUGACAUUUAUCUGGAUAUCGCCAUUAAUUGUGCAAUUGUAGAAAAAUUAAAAAUAUGAUUAAAGACUGUGGUUUUUAUUUUCAUAAAUCAGUACGCAGCAACAGUGGCGCAGUGAUACUUAUGUAAUGCGGUCUGAACCGUGAGGUUACCGGGGUAUUUUAUCACGGCUUAGAACGUGUUUCAACCAAUCAGAAUGAAGAACCAGAACUGCCCGUUUUAUAAUUAACGUUAACAAAUAGAAGUGUAUUGUAAAAUAUUUUUGUAAAGUGUUAUCAAACUUUUUGUACUAUUAAUACAGAACAUGUAGAGAUUUUGUACAGGCAACUCUAAACAAAUAACUAUUUAUAGUUUCCAAAUGUUUGUACCUUCAAAUUUAGCCGAGGCGUACCAUAAAUAUCUUCUUAAUCCUAGUUAAAUUUCACACAGUUCUCUACUGAACUCGUAAGGGUUUCCCCAGAGAUCUCCUUGUUCCUCACAAAUGACGAUUGACACUGGUAAGACCAGACGUCUGACUUUCCUCUCUGACGCCGUGUACCAGCCAAAAAAGCUCUUUAAUUCUUAGAAGAGGUUGCCAGUUAUCCAAUUAAAGGGUUAUCUCUUCAUUUAGUCCCCUGAUCUUUAGCUUUAAGCCCCGUGUUGUCCUCUAGAGUCAAUCCCAAUGCAGUGUUGAACAACAGACGCUUGAUAGACACAGAUACUGUCUCUGAGAAAACAUCUCCAGGUUCUUUGAGGAGUUAUGGGUGCUCAUGGAUCCUGCCUGGAUGAGGUCUUGGCUGAAGAUAUGCAUCACUGGUAUAACAAGUUCAUGAGGGAAUCACCGUCUGGUCUUAUCACACUCUUUGAACUGAAGACCAUGCUUCAGAUGCAGGGCAUGACUGAGGAGGCCAACAGUUAUGUGGACCAAGUGUUUGUCACCUUUGACAUGGACGGGGAUGGGUAUAUAGAUUUUGUGGAAUAUAUCGCAGCUGUAAGUCUUUUAUUGAAAGGAGAGAUAAAUCAGAAACUGAAGUGGUACUUCAAACUCUUUGAUCAGGAUGGAAACGGCAAGAUUGACAGAGAUGAAAUGGAGACCAUAUUCAAAGCCAUUCAGGACAUCACCCGCAGUUAUGACAUCACUCCAGAUGAUAUUGUCAACCUGAUCUAUGAGAGAAUUGAUGUCAACAAUGAAGGUGAGUUGACAUUGGAGGAGUUCAUCACAGGAGCUAAAGAACAUCCGGAUAUUAUGGAGAUGCUUACCAAAAUGAUGGACCUUACACACGUCCUGGAGAUUAUAGUCAAUGGACAGAAAAAAAAAGAAAUUGACUAAUGUGUCAUGAUUCAUCUCCUUGCCAUGAAAAGAUGACCGCACGGUGGCUUUAAAGCAAAGCUAAAAGUUACUUUCAGAAUUUGAGAGGUGGACAUGAGCAAUGAACCUAUAUCUGUGCCUCUGUUGGUUUAAUAGGGGGAGAUCUUUGUCCUGUACCUCUGU